AUGAAUUGGCGGGCCUGUGGCGGCGUCAUGUUGGUCAGCCCCGUGAUCCAUGUUGGCGGCAUCAGCCUCCUGGUUCCCGCCAAACCUUCACGGUUCCCGCCAAACCCUCAUGGUUCCCGCCACACCCUCAAGGUUCCCGCCAAAACCACACGGUUCCCGCCAAAUCCUCACGGUUCCCGCCAAACCCUCAUGGUUCCCGCCACACCCUCAAGGUUCCCGCCAAAACCACACGGUUCCCGCCAAAUCCUCACGGUUCCCGCCAAAACCACACGGUUCCCGCCAAAACCACACGGUUCCCGCAAAACCCUCACGGUUCCCGCAAAACCCUCACGGUUCCCGGCAAAAUCACACGGUUCCCGCCAAACUUUCAUGAUUCCCGCCAAACCUUCACGGUUCCCGCCAAAAUCACACGGUUCCCGCCAAACUUUCAUGAUUCCCGCCAAACCUUCACGGUUCCCGCCAAACCUUCACGGUUCCCGCCAAAACCACUCGGUUCCCGCCAAACCUUCACGGUUCCAGCCAAAUCCUCAUGGUUCCCGCCAAACCUUCACGGUUCCAGCCAAAUCCUCAUGGUUCCCGCCAAAACCACACGGUUCCCGCCAAACCACACUGUUCCCGCCAAACCCUCACGGUUCCCGCCAAAACCACACGGUUCCCGCCAAACUUUCACGGUUCCCGCCAAAACCACACGGUUCCCGCCAAACCCUCAUGGUUCCCGCCAAAACCACACGGUUCCCGCCAAACCCUCAUGGUUCCCGCCAAAACCACUCUUGCAUGAACCACCCUGACGCAUGGACACGCGGUUCCAUUUCACCGUCUGAAAUUGUUUAUCUACAACAUAUGAUGACUCAAAUUCCUGACCUUGAUUGUUGUCACAAUUCCUGGGUCAUUAUGGACCAAGUCCAUCUUGUCCACUUAUCAAGGUCCACCUUGCCCAUCUAUCAAGGUCCAUCUUGUCCACCUAUCAAGGUCCAUCUUGUCCACUUAUCAAGGUCCAUCUUGCCCACCUAUCAAGGUCCAUCUUGUCCACUUAUCAAGGUCCAUCUUGCCCACCUAUCAAGGUCCAUCUUGUCCACUUAUCAAGGUCCACCUUGCCCACUUAUCAAGGUCCAUCUUGCCCACUUAUCAAGGUCCAUCUUGCCCACUUAUCAAGGUCCAUCUUGUCCACCUAUCAAGGUCCAUCUUGUCCACUUAUCAAGGUCCAUCUUGCCCACCUAUCAAGGUCCAUCUUGUCCACUUAUCAAGGUCCACCUUGCCCACUUAUCAAGGUCCAUCUUGCCCACCUAUCAAGGUCCAUCUUGUCCACUUAUCAAGGUCCAUCUUGCCCACUUAUCAAGGUCCACCUUGCCCACUUAUCAAGGUCCAUCUUGCCCACCUAUCAAGGUCCAUCUUGCCCACCUAUCAAGGUCCAUCUUGCCCACUUAUCAAGGUCCAUCUUGCCCACCUAUCAAGGUCCAUCUUGCCCACCUAUCAAGGUCCAUCUUGCCCACUUAUCAAGGUCCAUCUUGCCCACUUAUCAAGGUCCAUCUUGCUAUGCUGCGUGACCUGAUCUCUCCCGUUUUUCCACAACUAUUCAUGCUUGACUGGAGGAAAUAUUGCCAUAUGCUCCUGCCAGUGAGCAUAUGGCAAUGA